GACUUUCUUGCAAGCAAAUGAGUAAAUGCUGUUUGCUGUCCGGUUUUGACUCUUUGGAAGGUAAUAGCGCCCCUUUUACCCCUUCGUCUCUACAUAGUCAGCCUAAACAUCUACUUUGGUCUUUUCUCUAUAUAUUCCCCAAGAGAAAUCCCACCCCUUCAGUUAGACUCCUGUCCUGUCCCUGCAUUUGCAUUUCUCUCCUAUCCUAUACACAAACCUCUCCAUCAAAAUAUACAAACCCUGCUUCAAAGAGGAGAGACAGAGAGAGAGAGAGAGAGAACAAAAACCCUUUUCUUGAAUUAAUCGAAAAAAGUUCACCUUUUCCUUUGUUGUUUUGAUUCAAAAUUGAUAUGGGAAGACCACCUUGCUGUGAUAAAAUUGGAGUCAAGAAAGGGCCAUGGACUCCAGAAGAAGACAUCAUCCUCGUUUCUUACAUUCAAGAACAUGGCCCUGGAAAUUGGAGGGCUGUUCCUACUAACACUGGGUUACUCAGAUGCAGCAAGAGCUGCAGGCUCCGGUGGACUAAUUACCUCCGGCCGGGGAUCAAGCGCGGUAACUUCACGGAGCAUGAGGAGAAGAUGAUUAUCCACCUCCAAGCUCUUCUUGGCAACCGAUGGGCUGCCAUAGCUUCAUACCUUCCUCAACGAACCGACAACGACAUCAAGAACUACUGGAACACUCACUUGAAGAAGAAGCUGGCGAAGCUUCAAGGGCAUGAUGAAAAAGGCCAGAAUGGGAGUUCACCUGAUUCCAAAUCAGUUUCAAAGGGCCAGUGGGAGAGAAGGCUGCAAACGGACAUUCACAUGGCUAAACAAGCCUUGUGCGAGGCUCUCUCCCUUGAUAAAUCAGGCACAGAUUCGUCGACACUCGUUUCUCUCGACCCUCAAGAGACGAUGAGGCUGCCUCAGACAUCUACAUAUGCAUCAAGCACUGAGAACAUCGCUCGUUUGCUCGAGAACUGGAUGAAGAAAUCACCGAAUUCAUCUCAAACUGUCUCAUCUGAGAGCACUAAUUCGUUCAACAACCCUUCAUCAGUUGGUAUGAGUUCCAGCCCUAGUGAAGGGGCAAUCAGCACAACGUUCCUCAGCUUCAAUUCUUCGAACUCCGAGUCGGUGUCGGUGUCGGUGGAGGAUCAAGAAGCCAAAUUUGAGGCUGCAAAUUUCACACCUGAAAAUGGGAUUGUUCAAUAUGAGAGCAAGCCCAGCUUGGAGACUCAAAUGCCCCUCAGUUUGCUGGAGAAAUGGCUUCUUGAUGAUGCUGCUGCACAAGGGCAGGAAGGGGAUUUCAUGGACAUGGCCUUGGGUGAUGAAACUGCUGAUUUGUUCUGAGGAAGGGCUUAAUUCUUCAGAACAACUGAGCAGUUUUAAUCAGGUUUCUUUGUUUCUUGGGGGGUUUAAUUUUAAUAGGCUUUGAACUGAAUAGUUUUUACUCUAUAUAUAUGUAGCCUGAUGACAGAAAGAUGAGAUGAUCUCUUCCUUGUGUUUCUGGGAGGAGCAUAAAGUGUAAAUUACUAGUAGUGUUAGACUCUAUUUGCAUAUGUGGUGGAUAGGAAUAAUUAAGCUCUUAAUUCUUAUCUUCUUGGAACAAAAUGUUUGUACUUGUGCAUCAUUUGGUGUACAUUUCUGAGAAAUGAGAAUUACGGUUUGACUUCUAA